AUGCCCUGUGUUCAGGCUCAGUAUGGGUCCUCGCCUCAAGGAGCCAGCCCGGCCUCCCAGAGCUACGGUUACCACUCUUCGGGGGAAUACAGCUCCGAUUUCUUAACUCCGGAGUUUGUCAAGUUUAGCAUGGACCUCACCAACACUGAAAUCACUGCCACCACUUCUCUCCCCAGCUUCAGUACCUUUAUGGACAACUACAACACAAGCUACGACGUGAAGCCUCCUUGCUUGUACCAAAUGCCCCUGUCGGGACAGCAGUCCUCCAUUAAGGUGGAAGACAUUCAGAUGCACGGCUACCAGCAGCACAGCCACCUCCCCCCCCAGUCCGAGGAGAUGAUGUCCCACUCAGGCUCCGUGUACUACAAGCCCUCGUCGCCCCCGACCCCCUCCACGCCCGGCUUCCAGGUGCAGCACGGCCCCAUGUGGGACGACCCCGGCUCCCUGCACAACUUCCACCCCAACUACGUGGCCACCACGCACAUGAUCGAGCAGCGCAAAACGCCCGUCUCCCGCCUCUCCCUCUUCUCCUUCAAGCAGUCGCCCCCCGGCACCCCCGUCUCCAGCUGCCAGAUGCGCUUCGACGGGCCCCUCCACGUCCCCAUGAACCCCGAGCCGGCCGGGGCCCACCACGCCGUGGACGGGCAGGCCUUCGCCGUCCCCAACCCCAUCCGCAAGCAGCCCUCCAUGGCCUUCCCCGGGCUGCAGCUGGGCCACGCUCCGCAGCUGCUGGACAGCCAGGUGCCCUCGCCGCCCUCGCGGGGGUCCCCCUCCAACGAGGGGCUCUGCGCCGUCUGCGGGGACAACGCCGCCUGCCAGCACUACGGCGUCCGCACCUGCGAGGGCUGCAAGGGCUUCUUCAAGCGCACGGUGCAGAAGAACGCCAAGUACGUCUGCCUGGCCAACAAGAACUGCCCGGUGGACAAGCGCCGCCGCAACCGCUGCCAGUACUGCCGCUUCCAGAAGUGCCUGGCCGUCGGCAUGGUCAAGGAGGUGGUGCGCACAGACAGCCUCAAAGGCCGGAGGGGUCGGCUGCCAUCCAAACCGAAGAGCCCCCAGGAGCCCUCUCCCCCCUCUCCCCCGGUGAGUCUGAUCAGUGCGCUGGUGAGAGCCCAUGUCGACUCCAACCCGGCUAUGACCAGCCUGGACUAUUCCAGGUUCCAGGCCAGCCCCGACUACCAGAUGAGCGGGGACGACACUCAGCACAUCCAGCAGUUCUACGAUCUGCUGACCGGCUCCAUGGAGAUCAUCCGGGGCUGGGCGGAAAAAAUCCCCGGCUUCACUGAUCUGCCCAAGACGGACCAGGACCUGCUCUUCGAGUCCGCCUUCCUGGAGCUCUUCGUGCUGCGGCUGGCGUACAGGUCAAACCCGGUGGAGGGCAAGCUUAUCUUCUGCAACGGGGUGGUCCUGCACCGGUUGCAGUGCGUCCGCGGCUUUGGGGAGUGGAUCGAUUCCAUUGUUGAAUUUUCCUCCAACUUGCAAAACAUGAACAUCGAUAUCUCUGCCUUCUCUUGCAUCGCUGCCCUGGCUAUGGUCACAGAGAGGCACGGGCUUAAAGAACCCAAGAGGGUGGAAGAACUUCAGAACAAGAUUGUAAAUUGCCUCAAAGACCACGUGACUUUCAAUAACGGGGGGCUGAAUCGCCCCAACUAUUUGUCCAAACUCUUGGGGAAGCUGCCUGAACUCCGCACGCUCUGCACGCAGGGGCUGCAGCGCAUUUUCUACCUGAAACUGGAAGAUUUGGUGCCGCCGCCAGCAAUAAUCGACAAACUGUUUCUGGACACUUUACCUUUCUAAGACUCUUCCCACGCACUUCCGCUGAACCGAAGGGGAAGGU